UUUCCGACUCUCUUGGGUGCUUGAGAAGAACCAUCCCCAUGCUACUAACACUGAUGAUUAUGGGCCUUGCUACCCUCAUUGGUACUUCUGAGAGUCAGACUGGAUGCUAUGGUGACAUAAACAAGGUUGAUACCACUGGGGCUUCCUGUACAACUGCAAAAGCAGAACGCUUACCCUACUGUGGAGUUCGUGCUUCAACAACAAUUGCGGAGAAAGACUUACAUACUAUGAACAAUUAUAAAACCAUCAUUAAGAACGCUGGAAGAAAAAAAUGUGUGGAUCCAGCUGUGAUUGCUGGUAUCAUCUCUCGAGAGUCACAUGCUGGAACGGCUCUAAGGGGUGGCUGGGGUGAUCGUGGAAAUGGAUUUGGUUUGAUGCAGGUUGAUAAACGCUACCAUAAAUUGUUUGGACAAUGGAAUAGUGAGGCACAUGUCCUUCAGGGGACAGGCAUCCUUGUUGAUAUGAUUAAGGGAAUCCAGAAAAAGUUCCCCAGAUGGACAAAGGAACAACAGCUGAAAGGAGGGAUUUCUGCCUACAAUGCAGGACUACAAAAUGUCCAAACCUAUGAUAAAAUGGACAUUGGCACAACCGGCAAUGACUAUGCCAAUGAUGUCGUUGCACGAGCCAAGUUUUAUAAGAGAAAUGGAUACAAUAAUUAGUGAGGUGUUCAGGAGUGACACUAUAUCUGGGGAGAUAAGAAGCUGGAACCUGCAAAACCUUACUGAUGUAAAUAAACCCAUUGUGGGAAGUCUUGCUUAAAUAAGGAUUUGCAGUCUCAGGUACCAGAUUUUUAAAUUGUGUAAUCAGUAAAACAUUGGUCAGAUCAAAGGAAAUAGUUAUGAGAGUAUUAAUAAGAUCCUACCCCAUCUGAUUAUUUCUCUGUUAUUAAAGCUGCUCAGUCUAGCUAUUGUUAAUCAUCUGCCUUCCAAAUUUCACGCCUAUUUCAAUAUCUGCUGCUGUCUUAAAAAUAAAAGAGGAAAGUAAUCUCUUGGGGGGGGAGGGAAGGAAGCCUG